UUAUGAAGUGGCUUUCAAACUUCAUCCUCCAAAAUUCCCUCCACUACCAAGUGCUGAUUUUGGUGUGGCUCUAAGUCCUCCUUUCCCAGACUGGUUCGUGUGUGGGAAUGCUCUCAAAAUUCUUCAAGAGAGUGCCAAAAAACGCGCUGAACGAGUGGUUCCGACUAAGCAUACCUUGGAUACUUUCAAAGGACAUCUUCAUAUAGAUCUUAAACACGUUCGUGUCCUGACUCCAAUACCUGAAGGUUUGGAUUAAGGCAAUCUUUUUCGACUGACUUUUCUUUUCUUUUACUGAUAUACUGAUUUCAGUCUCAACUACAGCUGUUGCACGAAGGAGGAAGAUUAAAGAAGCUUCUGCCCCAAAAGAGUCUGAGACAUCUAAAAGCGACAAACCAAACGAAAGUGAUUCGAUCGUCACGGAUAAGAAGCCCACGAGCUCGAAACCCCCAACGGGUUCGAAGCGUAAAGCUUCUUCGACCAAUGCCUCAGAUGGUGAAGACAAAUCUCCUCCUCAAACUAGACAAGGACAGAAAAAGAAACACAAAGCUGUUACCCCUUCAAGAAAAGGGAAAAAGGCAAGUCCUUCAAAAGCUGCUUCUCCUGGCAAUAAGGCGUCUUCUGAAGAGUCUCCUUUGAAGACUGCCAGCAAUGCUCUUGUUUUGGAAAGUCAUAACUCAAGCCCAGACAAUAAUCCACCCAAGGUAUCUUGCGUUUGUCUUACAUAUUAUCUUGUAAUUUUAACUAACUAAUUGCACUGGCAUUUUACCUUGUUAUUGCAGGAUGAUGCUGGCACUGCUACUUCUGGUUUCAAAGACCCUGGCCUCACCAUUGAUGUUGAUAAACUUUAUGGUAAUUGUUAAAUUUCAACUUUCGUCAAUUAAAACUUUCGAAGGCUUAACCUCAUGAUUAUCUUGGCUUCGUUCGAAACAGAUACUUCUCAAGCUAGAACCCAUGUUCUCUCACCAGUCUUCGAAGACGUUAGGCCAAUUGCCACUAUAUUGCCUAAUGAGCCAAUCGAAGAAAGCCAAUCUACUGACGAAUCCCCACCUACUCAUCAAGGCAAAGAUUUGGAAGAGGAUCAUCCAUUCUCCGGAAGCGACAAUGUGAACCAGCAAUCUCAUGGCAACGAAGAUUCUGCAUCGGAAAAAGAUGCCAUGGAGGAGAUUUCUCAACCAGAAAAACCAAUUUCUCAGGGAACUUCGACUCCCGAUGUAAAAACUAUUCCUGAGACAACUUCGACGCCUGCUCCUACGAAGCCUACUCCUUCGGAGCUUGAACAACUUAAACAAACUGAUCCUCUUGGGUUCCUAAGGGCUAUCAUGAAUGUGAAUACUUCUUCACUUUCGGAGCCUGAUGUCUCUCCAGCUGUAACUGCAGAUUCUAGUGACAAGGAAGAUACUCCUAAGCUUCUUCGACAGAUAAAAGAGAGAUUCUUUGGGGUCAAUCUUGUAGAUGUUCUCAACCGGGACCCUGUUAAAAGCUACAACUUAAAUCAACUUUUAAAGAAAGUAGAUUUGCUUCAAGUUUCCCCAGAAGUCUCAGAGAUGAUUGUUCUGCUAGGCUCUCUCCUUGAACAACUCCAAGCUGACAUUCUUCGAAAGCAAAACGUCGAGAAAGAAUUAUCUAAGAUAGUGGCCUCUCAUGACUCUUCAUGGAAUUCUGCUGUGGAAGCCACAAAACAAGGUGAAGCCCUCAAGCUUAAACAUUCGGCGAAUCAAAAAGCCAUUGAUGAAUAUGAGAAGAAAAUCAGCUCCUGGAAACAAGAAAUAAAAAUGCUCGAGGGCAAGAUAAAGGAAGCUGAAAGUAGCCAAGCAGCCCUCCAAGAAUCUAACCAACAAGAUUUGCUCGAAGUGGUGCAGUCAGGAAUCAAACAUUUCGAGACUGCACAGAAGUUAGUGCCAGAGAUCGAAAAGUUGAAGAAACAAAGGUCUAGACACCAGAAUUAA